AUGGACCAAGGAAAUUGUUCCUCACUGACUGAAUUCAUUUUAGUGGGAAUCACUAAUAACCCUGGGAUGAAAGUAAUACUAUUUACCAUGUUUCUACUUAUUUAUCUCAUUAAUCUUCUGGGGAAUCUUGGCAUGGUCAUUUUAAUCAGAAUGAACUCCCAGCUUCACAUACCCAUGUACUUUUUCCUCAGCAACCUCUCUUUCUGUGACCUCUGCUAUUCUACAGCAGUUGGACCCAAGAUGCUGCUUGACAUUUUUGGCAAGGACAAAUCAAUUUCUUUCCUUGGUUGUGCUUUGCAGUUCUUCAUUUGCUGUACUUUCGUAGAUGCCGAGUGCAUACUGCUGGCAGUGAUGGCCUUUGACAGGUACCAGGCCAUCAGCAAGCCCUUGCUCUACACGGCGCACAUGUCCGGCAGGCUGUGCUCCCUGCUGGUGGCUGGGGUUUACCUGGUGGGAGUGGGAGAUGCUUUGAUUCACACCACACUGACAUUCCGCUUAUGUUUCUGUGGCUCUAAUCAGAUUGAUCAUUUCUUCUGUGAUAUCCCACCUAUCUUAUUACUAUCUUGCUCAGAUACACAGAUCAAUGAGUUAGCUAUAUUUAUCAUUUUUGGCUUCAUUGAACUGAGCACCAUUUCAGGAGUUCUUGUCUCUUAUUGCUAUAUCAUGUUAUCCAUUUUAAAGAUCCGCUCUGCAGAGGGGAGGUUCAAAGCUUUCUCCACCUGCACCUCCCACCUCACUGCCGUUGCCAUCUUCCAGGGAACCGUGCUCUUCAUGUACUUUCGGCCAAGUUCUUCCUACUCUUUAGAGCAGGACAAAAAGACUUCGUUGUUUUACACCCUGGUGAUUCCCAUGUUGAACCCUUUGAUUUACAGCUUAAGGAAUAAGGAUGUGAAAGUGGCCAUUGAAAAACUGAAAACUAAAAAGUGGUUUUAA